ACAUUCCCGGCUGGAAUGGCGGGCGGGGCCGUUGGCGGCGGUUGCGGAAGGGACGUCACAGGAGGGCGGCCCGCGCUCCCCCGCGGAGGAAGGACGGGCUGCAAGAUGGCGGCGCCGGAGGAGCGGCUCGUGUCGGAGGGCGAAGGCGGCGCCCCGGGCUCGGCGCGGCUCUCCCCGGCCCCCCUCCCGGAGUCCGCGGAGGCCCUGGCGCCCAUGGAGCCGCCGCCGCAGAGCAACACGCUCAUGGGGCUGCCCAUCGUGGCCAUCGAGAGCAUCCUCAGCUUCCUGUCCUACGAUGAGACGAGCCAGCUGCGCCUGGUUUGUAAGCGAAUGGACCUGGUUUGCCAGAGAAUGCUAAAUCAGGGAUUUCUGAAAGUGGAAAGAUACCACAACUUGUGUCAAAAGCAAGUUAAAGCUCAACUUCCAAGACGGGAGUCAGAAAGAAGAAAUCACUCAUUAGCUCGCCACGCAGACAUCCUUGCUGCUGUGGAAACAAGACUCUCUCUGUUGAAUAUGACUUUCAUGAAGUAUGUGGAUUCCAAUCUCUGUUGCUUCAUACCCGGAAAGGUAAUAGAUGAAAUUUAUCGAGUGUUAAGAUAUGUAAACUCUACAAGAGCUCCUCAGAGAGCUCAUGAAGUUCUUCAAGAACUAAGAGACAUUUCCUCCAUGGCUAUGGAAUAUUUUGAUGAGAAGAUUGUUCCAAUACUGAAAAGAAAGAUGCCUGGGUCAGAUGUAUCGGGACGUCUGAUAGGAACUGCCCCAGGAACUUUAUUAGAAUCAACAGUUCCAAGCUCAGAUUCCAGUAUGACUUUAGUACUUAGGAAGAGUGAUUCUAAAGAAGCAUGGGAAGUAAAUUCUUUUCUUCUAAAAUUUCCAGGGCCUUCUGCAGCACUGACAACAAUGCAGCUGUUCUCCAAGCAGAGCCCUUCCAGGCAGGAGGUCACCAAACUCCAGCAGCAAGUAAAAGCGAACGGCACGGGCUUGACAGCACUAAAGCGGGAGAUCUCCGAGCUCCGCAUCAAAGUGCAGGAGCAACAGAAACAGCUCCAGGAUCAAGAUCAGAAACUGCUUGAGCAAACCCAAAUCAUAGGUGAACAGAACGCCCGGUUGGCUGAGCUUGAGCGCAAGCUGCGAGAGGUGAUGGAGAGCACAGUAGGAAAUUCCUCAGGUUCUGGCUCAAAUGAACAAUCUCCUAGAAAACGGCGGAAGGCGGUGGAUUCCACAGACUGUCCUAGGAAAUCUAAGCGCCUUCGAAACAGAAAAUAACUUGGGAGUAAAUGACACCUUCAGGAGGAUACACUGCUCUAGUAGCCCAAGCAGGUCUGCUUGUUUGGAUACUGCGACCAGCUUCAUGGUGUCACUUAGCUGCUGGCUCUUCAAAACACCUCUUAGACUUGAACAGUUAUUUUCUUUCAUUGACUUUUCCCCUGCUUUCUCUAUGGGUGGGCCUAAUGCACAGAAUCUUUAAUAUUUGCAAUAGUUACAUACUAACCAGACCUGCUCUGUUAUGUUUUGAAGGGUUAACCUUUUUUUUUUUCCUGUGCAAACGUGUUUAAAGUAAAGUUAUUUGUGUUUAUGCAUAUGUUCACAAAAAAUCUUAAAUAAAUUGUCUUAACUGACUAAAAAGUUAAGCGUAAAAACAGAUGUCCUGUUCACUUGAAGGAAAGAUCCACUUUUAAAGUCUUGUUUUUGAGAACUUGACCUUUUUUGUUACAAGUGACCUUGUCUGGAAUGUCUGAAAAGUAGUUAAUACUUUUUGGGGUUCUCUGUAACGAGUAAAACUGACUUCUUAAGCUACAGUAUUGGCUAUAUAUUUUUGUAAACUUACAAGGAAGGGCCUUCUAUCCAGUCUUCACAUGCACACACUCUGGUUCUAGGUCUUGGGAGCCAUAUUUUACAUUUGCAUGGAUAGAUGCAUGUACAGCUUAGUCAGCCUGCCAAAAGCACUUGCCUGAAAUUGUUCCAGACUCUGGGAGAGAGCACAGAGACCUGUAAAGCAAUUUCUUUGUUCCUCAGCCAUAACUUAGCAUCUGCUUUCAGCACAGCUGCUGUUUUACAGUGAGGUGGUGUUAGGAGGUGAGUGGCAGGAGAGUUUGAACCCUGCCUGUAAGGCAGGUAUUGUUGGCCAAAGCUGGGGAGCUGAGAAGAGGCCUUCACUUGGUUCAUAGGCCAACGUCAAACACGGAUCAGACAAAUUGUCCCUACACUCACCAAGCUUGGGGGACAACAUUUGAGUGAAAUGCUGUUUUGUGGGAAAACUGAAACUAUUUUGUGUGUCUGUGUUGGGGUUGAGGUGGAAAUUUCUCUGUAACACUGAUGACAAUAUUCUAAGCUUUCCUUAUCCUAAAAGGUAAAUAACUUCAGACAAAGCUUUAAUUUCUUUUGCACUUCUGUUUUGAGCUUGUAACUGGAAAAGCAUGUCUUGCACUGUUCAGUCUCUCUGGUCACUUUAACCACCUCAGAGUUGUGUACAGUGAUUAUUCCCCUCCCCAUCUGUAUAUUUUUGGAAACUUAUACAAAUACCAUUGUCCUUGGUUUUGUUUUAAUGUACUAAACUAUGUAGCUUUA